AAAGAAAAAAAAAAAAAAAAAGUAAAGCCUUGGAAAUUCAGUCCCUUUUUCCUCUCAAAAAACGCGGAUUCCCCAAAAUUAAAAAGACCCGGAAUUCCUUUUCCUUUUCCAAACCUUUGAAGUUUGAAGAUUCAGCUUCAACCACAAUAACAAAAACAGCAACAACAACAAUAAUAACAGCAGCAACAACAACAACAACAACAAAAGACUGUUUCAUAUAUUGUUGCUAUCUUUUCGGUUUUCCAUUACCAAAUUUACAAUAUUUGGUACAACAAACAAUCUUGUGGAUCCUUUUUAUUUUUUAAUUUUUUUAUUAUACAAUUUCUCUUCUUAGAAAUGGCAACGGCGGCGAUAUUUUCGUCGCUCCGGAGGCGGAGAUCGCCGUCGUUGGAAGCGUUCUUAGCUCCGGUUGAUUUAACGGACGUUGCUUUGGUACAAACCCUAGCGGCGAUCUCAAACGACCUCGUCUCGAAAUUCUCCCACAAGUGUUUCCAUUUCCAGCGCAGGAACUCGCGCUCUCUCAUCAGAAAAAUCGAGGUGUUUCUCGUCCUCUUAGAUUAUCUCAAGGACUCGACCUCCACGACGACAAAAUCAGCCUCCGCUUCGGCUUCAUCUUCAUCGACUUUGCCUUCGACAGCUUUGCUCUGUUUCAAAGAGCUUUACUUGCUUCUCUACCGCUCGAAGAUACUCCUCCAUUACUGCGCCAAAUCUAGUAAGUUGUGGCUUUUGCUUCAAAACCAUUCGAUUUCAGGCCAUUUCCAUGAUCUGAGUCAAGAAAUUUCAACCCUUUUGGAUGUUUUUCCAUUGAAAGAUGUUGUCGAAUUGAGUGACGAUGUUAGGGAACAGGUCGAGUUGUUGCAGAGACAAGCGAGGAGGUCUAGGCUGUUCAUUGAUAAGAACGACGAGUCCCUUAGGAUUCGGUUUUUUAAUUUCCUCGACGUGUUUGAGAAAGGGGAGGUUCCGAAUUCGGAGGAGUUAAGGUCUUUUUUUGUGGGGAGUUUGGGGAUCAAAGAUGCUAAGAGUUGUAGAGUUGAGAUUGAGUUCUUGGAAGAACAGAUUGUGAAUCACGAAGGAGAUGUGGAGCCUACCGUGUCUGUGCUUAAUGGGUUUGUUGCCCUUACCAGGUAUUGUAGGUUUUUGUUAUUUGGGUUUGAGGAAGAUGAGGUGGGAUUGGGGUUUGGGUGUUUAAGGAGACCUAGGAAAGGUUUGAUUACUCAGGAGAUUGCUGAGACGUUUAUAACGGUACCGAAGGACUUUUGUUGUCCAAUUUCGUUGGAUUUGAUGCGAGACCCUGUGAUUAUUUCAACAGGGCAGACGUAUGAGAGGAGUUCUAUAGCUAGGUGGAUGGAAGAAGGGCAUUGUAAUUGCCCGAAAACGGGGCAAAUGCUUGUACAUAAUCGGCUUGUUCCUAAUCGGGCUUUGAGGAGUUUGAUCAUGCAGUGGUGUAUUGCUCAUGGAGUUCCUCUUGAUCCGCCGGAGACUAUGGAUGUGUCCACUGAAAGCUUUGCUGCGGCUGCUCCUACCCGGGCUGCACUUGAAGCCAAUAGAGCUACUGCGGCGAUUCUCAUUCAACAGCUAGCAAAUGGGUCGGAGGGCGGGAUGACUGUUGCUGCUCGUGAGAUACGUUUGUUGGCGAAGACAGGGAAGGAGAACAGGGCUUUUAUUGCGGAAGCUGGGGCGAUUCCCCAUCUUCGGAAGCUACUUUUGUCUGUGAACCCUGUUGCACAGGAGAAUUCCGUGACUGCAAUGCUUAAUUUAUCGAUAUAUGAUAAGAAUAAAAGUCGAAUUAUGGAUGAGGAAGGGUGUUUGGGAUCUAUUGUUGAAGUUUUGAGAUUUGGGCACACAACAGAGGCAAGGGAAAAUGCUGCAGCAACAUUGUUCAGCCUCUCUGCGGUUCAUGACUAUAAGAAGAGAAUAGCAGAUGAGGGAGGGGCAGUUGAAGCCCUGGCAGGGCUGUUGAGAGACGGGACUCCAAGAGGAAAGAAGGAUGCUGUGACGGCUUUAUUUAAUCUGUCAACACACACAGAUAAUUGUGUGAGAAUGAUAGAGGCAGGGGCUGUAACGGCAUUGGUAGGGGCAUUGGGAAAUGAAGGGGUUGCUGAGGAAGCAGCCGGUGCAUUGGCCUUGAUUGUUCGGCAGCCAGUUGGGGCAGAAGCAGUUGGGAAAGAGGAAAUGGCAGUGGCGGGGUUGAUAGCAAUGAUGCGUUGUGGAACGCCAAGGGGAAAAGAAAAUGCAGUGGCAGCAUUACUUGAGUUAUGCCGUAGUGGUGGAACAGCUGCCACUGAGAGGGUGGUUAAGUCCCCAAUGUUGGCUGGGUUGCUUCAGACUCUGCUAUUUACAGGUACAAAGCGGGCAAGAAGAAAGGCAGCUUCACUUGCUAGAGUGUUUCAGAGAUGUGAGAAUGCAGCCUUACAUCUUGGUGGAUUGGGUGUAGGAUAUGCAUUUGCAGGCAACUCAGCAGCUGCAAACAGGGAUUCGAGUUUUGCUGGUGAUGUAUCAGUGCCAAUGUCCAUUUCAGUGCCUGUCUUGUAGUGGUAACAUCCACGUCAUGUUGUUGUCUUCCCUUCUUAUAUAUGUUCCCAUUUUUUUUGGAAACAUUUACAAAUUCUUUCAUUGAAAUUUACAGAUGAAAAAUUUUAUAGUAAUACCAUAUCUUAUGUGUUUGAAA